AAAACCAGCUCCAAUGAACACCGCACCUGCCUCUGAGGGCUCCUUCUGAACGCUGAGCGGUGGGCGGGCCUACCUGUCCAGGAGGCGUGGCCAGAGAUGGAAAGUAGGUGCAGCAGCAUCGAUUCGCGGUUCACCGGCAGGGGGAUCAACUCCAUCAACUCCACACCCAUCUCUGUCAGGGUGGAGUCGUACGAAGCUGCGGAGAAGAAGUGCAUCUCGGACGUGAGGAGGACGUUCUGCCUCUUCGUCACCUUUGACCUCUUGUUCAUCGCCUUGCUCUGGAUCAUCGAGCUCAACGUGAGCGGGGGCGUUCGGGUGCAGCUGGAGAGAGAGGUUCUGCACUACGACUACCACGCCUCCUUCUUUGACAUCUUUCUGCUGGCUGCCUUCAGGUUCGCAGCCCUCAUCCUGGCCUACGCCAUCUGUAAGCUGCAACACUGGUGGGCCAUCGCAAUAACCACUACAGUCACCUGUGCUUUCUUGAUUGUUAAAGUCAUUUUAUCAAAGCUGCUGUCUCAGGGGGCCUUCGGCUAUCUGCUGCCCAUCAUCUCCUUCGUUCUGGCCUGGAUAGAAACAUGGCUGCUGGACUUCAAGGUCCUGCCUCAGGAGGCCGAAGACGAAAAGAGAUAUCAGUCCUUUGUGGACGCCGCUGAGCGAGCCACUCUCAUCGGUCCCGGUCCGGUGUCAGAUGGGCAGUUUUACUCUCCCCCAGAGUCUCUGGCAGACUCCGAUGAGGAACUGGACGACAAACACGAGCCGGAGAAGGGUCUGAUUCAGAACGUGACGUAACGGGUGACAGCAGGCCUCGGCUCGUUGUAAAGAUCUGUCCUUCCCGAAGCCGUUUUGUUUUCAGCCUCCUGCUGAAGAUGGAAGUUUUCUGCUCCUCUUGUGCUUCUGAGAGAAACUUCUGCCUUAAACAGUCUGAAGUUGUGAAUUUUAAUUCAGGCGUCUUUGUACGUUCACGUCACUUUCUUAAAGUUCAGUCAUCUGCACGCUCAGACUGGAGAAGUGCUGCCUGAGAGGCCAUUUUAGUGUCAUGACCUCUGGUUUUAGCUCGUUGUUCACACAUGGACCUUCUAAGGGAAUUCAUUUUAUACACGAAUGCACUUAAAGUUUGGUCAAAUUUAAAAAGCCAAUACUUUUUUUUUUUUUAAAGA